UUUGGUACCAAUAAAAAAACCCGAUUAUUUUGCUUUUGUUUUUGUCCGCCGGUGUUUGUAUGCAUUUGGUCAUUUGGUAUCAAUUUCUAGUUUCACAUUAUAAAUAUUUAAUAGUCUCGAACUGGAGGCGUUGAAUAAAAAAUGAAAACAUUCUAGUGAUGGCCUAGUGUGUAUUGUGCUGAGGUUACGUGCCAAAGAGACAGGUAGCAAAUAAUUUCAAUGCAUACACACAACAACAAAAAACAAGAUAACGCUGAAAAUACAUGCAAAGUUAACCACCAGCAUCAGUAGCAGCGCUUGACUAGUUAGGAUAAGCAAGGGGAGGAGACGGUUUACCAGUCAGCCAGACAAGCCGGAAAAAAUUAUAUUUUCAACGAAAGACAACGAAUUUCUUUCAUUAAGCAAAGUUCACAUAUUUCUACAUUCCCUCGCUUUCAUAGAGACUUGAAAAUAUAACUGCGGCUUCAAGGUCUUUAAGUGAAAAAGCAAAAAAAAAAAACUAUAAUGACCUCGGUGCUCAAGUAUAUGUCGCUGCUGACUACCUGCUCAGUUUUUGCGGCGUUAAUUUCUAUUGUUUGGCAAGCAUUUUUGUCCCUGAAACAGCUAAACAAAUUAACUAGUAUACUCACCGGGCUUUUGGCGAUCGAAAGCAGCUUAAAGAAGCCACUUGAGGCGCCUAAGGUAGCAGUAGGUUAUGGCGCCUGCACAGAUUUGCUGCUCCAUGCUACUGAUUUUCUGAACUACACUGAGGAGCUGGUAAAGGGAAUCGGUCCGGAAUUUACUGUAGACGAGGUGAAUGACAAACAAGAAUUAUUGCAAACGUUCGCCUACUAUUUUCAAAAUGGUGCCGCUGCAGAGCGUAUCAUGCCCAACACUGAACUCUUUCGUGAACUUGUACAAAUCGCUAAGUCUCGGCAUCGGGACAGCGUACAAUGGUUUCUAGGCGGCAAUGCUCCACUAAUGGGCACCAGAUUUCAUUUGGAAGGGGCCAAUGUACUGCUAGGAGCGCGUGUCUCCCACAAACUGCGCCGCCUAGUACCAGCAGCAAUACAAAUCGCAGGUGACGAAAUUCCCGAGGAUGAUAUCCACCUUAUAUUGGAGUACAAAUUGGGUGAUACUUGGGGUCCACUCGAAGCACCUCGUGCCAACCGCUAUAUAUUGCAUAGCGAUCAAAAUAAUCCACAUUUGAAUUCAGUUGAGCACUUUGGUGAGGCUUUAAGAAAUUUUCAACCACGCUUACUCGUUAUUAGCGGUAUACAAAUGAUGGAUAGCUAUAAGUUUGCACCAGGCGUACGCGAAGCCCGACUGGAAAAAGUACAAGAGCAAAUCACUUCACAAACGUCCACCACCUUGCAGCAUUUCGAAAUGGCAAGCUAUGUAGAAAUCGAACUACUUCAGCUGUUGCGUCAAUACAUUCUGCCUUAUGUGGACUCGCUGGGCAUGAACGAGCAGGAGCUGGGAAAUUUGCAACAAGUGCUUACACAUGGACGCACCACACUUGCUACCGAUUGGAAUCCACGCGUUGCUACCGCUUUGGAUCAAAUGCGCGCCGUAUUCCAAAUUUUGGCACAAGAUUUCUACAGAAACGUUACUGGUUUGCCGCGUAGACGCCUACUGACACGUAUGCAUGUGCAUACACUUGCCUAUCAGGCCCUACUGACAGUACGUGAUUCACAGUGGGAGCGCACACAAUUAGCUGCGGCUAAAGCAGCACUUAUUGCUCAUCGGCAUGUCUGCCAAACGGAUAUGAUCAAUCCCGAAGCGGCUACACUCUUGUUAGAUGAUAGUUUCGCUACUACAGCUCAGAUUAAGGGGACAGCUAAUCGCAUACAAUUCAAUACGCAAAACCCUGUGCCAUGCUGGAAUGAAACUAUUGCUGUGAACGAUCAAAAAUCAUUACCCAUUGAAAUUUGUGUGGCCCCAGUGCUAGUGUGCCGUGUAGCUAAGAAAACGGCAGGCGCUGGCGAUAAUAUCUCGGCAGCUGCGCUGUCUCAACAGCUAUAAAUCAUAAAAGAAAAAUCAUGACAUAUAUAUUGAGUGCCCUCUCCAAACGACUGCUGUAACCCAGAGUGACCUUAAUAGCAUGUGGAUCCUGAGACCUGUAGUAUGGGACUCGAAUAAGUACAUACUAGGCAAAAUAAAAAAAGACAAAAAUCUAUUGCAAUCCUGUCGAUGCAAACAUUCCUGAACGGGCAAAUCAAGACAUUUAAUUGUUCCUUUACCUUAGAGAAAUUUACAUCAGUGUAAUAUUAGUUACACUAAUAUAAAAGUAUAGCUUCAAUUUGCACAAAUUAAAAAUUAAUCCUUUGUUCACUUACCUACUUAGACUGUGGUAUAGAUAUUUUACUAUGUUAAUAAUAAUUUGUGUUCUAUUUGUCGUUGGCGGUUGUAAUUAGUUAUGAUUUUAAUUUUUAACGGUUUUAGAAUUUUAUAUUUUAGACUAAAUUAUACUCAAAAGACAAUGUUGAAUAUCGCGUUAUUCUACAUGUAUAUGUUUAAAUCUUAUAGUAAUUUGUUCAAUAAAUUCAGUUAUUGACUUAAACAAAUUAUUUACAAGGGCCUUAAAAUUAAAUAAAAAAAAACGGUACCACUUAUUUCUCGUUAACAAAAAUCCAAAUAUUGAGUACUGGAAUUUUAUUGACUUGCCUGUGUCGCUAUUUAUGGUUUUUACAUUCCCCUUUACUUAACUUUUUUGCUUUGCAAUUUACAAUAAAUAUGCAUUUGUAAGUUAAAACCUA